CCCCGUUCCACGGUUCGCGGCCAGGCGUUCUCGACUCAUUCCGACCUGCAGCACAGCUCCGCUCAGCAGCAACCGAAGCCCGCUGAAAAACUACGUUGAAAAUGGAGGACGAAGGAAAAAUAUUCAUUGGAGGGCUCAGCUUCGACACUACCGAGGACGGGGUGGCCGAGGCCUUCUGCAAAUACGGAACCAUCGAAAAAGUGGACGUGAUCAGGGACAAAGAGACCGGAAGAUCUCGCGGUUUCGGUUUUGUGAAAUACGACAACGUCGAUGAUGCGAAAGACGCCAUGGAAGCGAUGAACGGCAAGAGUCUCGAUGGCCGAUGUAUUCGUGUGGAUGCAGCUGGAAAGAGUGCGCGGAGAGGCGGCGGUGGAGGAUCAUGCCCACGUGGUGGAAGAUUCGGCCACAGGGGUCGAGGUGGACAGGAAAGAAGCUAUGACCGGGGUUAUGGCGAAGACAGGGGCUACUCAGGAGAUAGGAGUUAUGGUGGCGGCGGCGGCGGCGGCAGCAGCGGGUACAGGAGUGGACGAGGUGGACGAGGAGGAUCAUCCUACAGUGGAGGAGGAGGAGGAGGAGGAUACAACAGAGAUAACAGGGGUCAUGGAAAUUACCGCGAGGAAUAUGAUGGCUAUGAGUAAAACAUCUCCCCGAUUCAAGAUCAUCACGUGGCUGGCUGUAUUUCAAAGAUGCACCCCUCAAGAAAAGUGUCCACGUGUUACUGCUGACCUUAGUUUUGUAGUUCUGCUCGAGCAUCUUCAAAAAAAAUUCAUUAACAAACCCUUCCUUUAAAAAAGACUCUUAUCUUGCUUAAUUGGACAUCUUGAUUCCUCAAAAGGUCGUUUGUUUCAUCCGUGUAAUAAUCUGACAAGAACUUCCAAGUCCCAGCGAGGGGCUCAAACAGCUCUCCACAUGGACUUUUCGUUGAACAGCCACUACCAUUGCUGUAGACUUUUUUUCCUCCUUUUGUCCAGCACAUUAGAUUAGAAGUGUUUCCUGAUUUUGAUUCCCUUUUUUUCUCUCUUUUUUUUUUAAAUAUUGAAAUAUCCGAUGGGGCUUGUUUUGUUUGUCCCCCCCCGGCCAGUCUUUGUGACUGGCCUUCGUCUUGCCAGGUUUUAAACCGAAAGAAGAAAAUGGCUCUGUUUAAUCAAAUAUGCUUUUGUUGGAUUUUAUGCUGAAUUCUUUUUUUACUAUUAAAAACUAAGUUUAUCCGAG